AUGACGAUGACCACCAACACAUUGCCAUCGCCCACACUUCCUCCAACAUAUCAUAUUAUUGUCCGUCAGGAACCCCAGAAGGCUCGUCUCUGUAGCUUCAAAGAGAAAGUUGACAGACGGCCAAUAGACCCUCCACCUAUCCUUCAGCUCGUGUUUAGCUCACCAACAGACGAUCCAACCUUGCUUUAUAAUCCUUAUCUCUUUGUCUAUGCAACCCUCACAGACCAAAAAACCGAAACAGAUCUGGACUUUAUGAAUGGUAACAGAACAACAGCUGGGCAAAUGGUCCAGUCUUUGCACAAAUUAAAAGAUGUUGAUAACAAAGAUGGCGGAUUUUUUGUAUUUGCGGAUAUUAGCGUCCGGUUGGAAGGACUCUAUAAACUCAAAUUCACACUUUUUGAAAUGAAAGGAUCUUUUGUCCACCGUCUCAGCUCAGUAAUGUCCAAGACUUUCCAGGUCUAUUCUCCAAAAGCUUUUCCUGGCAUGUCAGAGUCUACCUUUUUGACGCGGUCAUUUUCUGAUCAGGGCGUUAGGGUACGGAUACGAAAGGAAGCGCGUGGAGCAGAUAGCAGUAAGCGGCGAUAUUCAACCAUUGACGAGAAGCCUCAGGAUCGGAUGUCGUCGCUUCAAGAUCCGGAAGUUCGGGAAACGUCGUUUGGAGGAGAUUCAGCCCGCCCAGAAAGCGGCCCACCUGAAAAGAGACUGUUGACAAUUCUAAGCCAAUCAGGUUCUGCAUUAGGCCCAGCUUCUUCUUCGUCUUCGUCUUCGUCUUCCUUGCACCCAGACUCAUCAUCUGUCGUUCUCCCACCACCAGAAAGCCUUCUGCCACGCGAUUUUAGAGCAGAUGGUCGGAUGUCGAUGCAAAAUCUUCUUCUAGACCCUACACCCACAAAACCACCUCCGGGAUCUCCAGCUAUCCCUACUUACAGCACCGCUCGCGUCCUUCCUCCCCCGCAAUCUCCCAUGGAUUCCUUUAACUAUUACUCUCUCAGCCACGAAAUGGCCAGCCACGAGUCGACAAGUCACACAAUGAGUAACCUAGGAGGAGGAGACAGUACAGUGUGGACCCGACCCACUCCACCAACACUCCCUCCACUCCAUUCAAAAGACUGGCCAGGAGGAGACGGCUUUCGGACCUCACCAGAUCGUCCUUACACCAUUCACUCACCUUAA